ACACUCCAACACCAAACCUGGCAAUAAGAACAUUCACUCACCUCCCUUGGUUCUUGGAUCUUCGCUUUUUCCUUUCCAUCGCUAUUGCUGAACGAGGCAGAGAAGCAGAGAGAAAAUCGUAACCCUAAUCCGAUUUCAAACAAGAGCAAUGGAAUCUGCGUCUCGAAGAAGUGGAGGAGGCAUCUUUGAAGCCCUUUACAAGGUCCUCAUGCGCCGCAAUUCUGUCUAUGUCACCUUCGUCAUCGCCGGCGCUUUCGUUGGUGAACGGGCUGUGGAUUAUGGAGUUCACAAGCUCUGGGAGCACAAUAAUAUUGGGAAACGAUAUGAAGAUAUUUCUGUGCUAGGGCAAAGGCAAUCCGAAGAGUGAAUUGUUGGACCAUCUUUUAGCUAUUUUGAGGUUUAUUAUUCAUGGAAUUUGAAUUGAACAUCAUGAGCUGGAAGUAGCUUCUUUUUUUGCUAAUAAGUAUCUAAUAGUCUUGUGCUUUGCUAAAACUGCUCACUGGAAAUAUAGAACAUUGAACCAGUUCAAAGCUAUGUAUUUUUUUUUUUUCUACAAUUUGGAAAGAAAACAUUGUGUUAUUGAAAUCUUUGGCUUCAGUGUUGAGUUAUCUUAAUUUUUGAAGAUUUAGGAAUAAGAAAGUACUUUCUG